GAAGAAGCAGAGACAAUGCUGAGCUAUCGGUCUUUCCAUCCUUCACACCUGUGUCAGCAGCCUGUGUACACAUUGGGGUCUGUUGAACACAGGCUCUGGGAGCCGCUUCAAUGUCAUGUGUGGAAACAGGUGGAAGAAGCGAGAAAGAGCAUGGACUUCAUGAAUCAAGUCCUUGAGGAGCUGACAGCAGAAUUUUUCAGGGAAGUACCAAAAAUUCAGGAUAACAAACCUGACAGUAUCGGAGAAGGUAAAGGACAAUCCUUGGAGAAGGAUGGAGAUGGGUUUUCUGUGUUCCUGAAUGUGCAGCACUUCUCCCCAGAAGAACUGAGGGUGAAAGUAUUUGGAAGAAAAGUGCUGGUGACAGGAAAACACAAGAAGAAAUGUGAUGAUGGCAGUGGCUCUUCCAGCUACAAAUAUGAAGAGUUCAGGAGAGAAUUCCAGCUGCCAGAGGAUGUCGAUGCUGAAGCUCUUCGAUGCUGUUUGUCACAGGAUGGUCGGUUAAAGGUUCAAGCCCCAAGCCUGGCAUUGCCAGCUGUGAAUGAACAGACCGUGCCCAUCAACAUCACCUCAGACACGACAGCCACUCCUCGGCUCAUUCCUGACCAAGAGACAAAGAAACAGGAGAGUGGGAAGAAAUAA